AUUUACUAAAGUCAUUCUUAUAACCAAAAAGGCAAAACUAGUUCUUGAAAAAUCAUUUUUACUUUUAAUAAUUUAGGAGAGCACCCGAGUAAACUAGGGUUUCUGCGGAUCUUGCAAAGGGUUUAAGAGAGAUGCCUCUGUAUGAUUGUAUGCUGUUGCUGAAGCCACAUAUAAAGAUGCCUGAUGUGAUGGACCUUGUUUCUCGUGUGGGCAAGCAUAUUUAUCAAAGAAAUGGGGUUCUUACUGAGUUGAAAUCAUUGGGUACUGUUCACUUGGGCUAUGGGAUCAAGAAACUUGAUGGCAGGCACUUUCAGGGACAACUGUUGCAGAUGACAAUGAUGGCUCCACCUAGCAUGAAUAAAGAACUCCACUAUCUAAACAAGGAAGAUAGGUUGCUGCGUUGGCUUAUGGUGAAACAUAGAGAUGUAAAAUUCGGAUUGGACUAUCCACUUGAGGACGAUGGAAGAGGUGAGUUAAGCAAGUUCAGGAGCAGACUCUUUGACAACGAAGAUAAAGACAUGGAUUUUGAUGACGAAGAUGACGAUGAUGAUGAGGAAUAUGAUGUGGACCAAGAUGUGAAGUUAGAUGAAUAAAUCUUAUUGAUUUCAUUAUGUUAGUUGAGGUAUGUUGUUCUGUCUUUGGCUGUAAGAAAUGUUUGCAUUGGAUAUCAAGGCGCCUUUCUUUUUUGACCGUUCCUACAGGUUGAACUUGGUUAAACAUGUUACACAUAUCCUCCUAGUAUAGAAUUUAUGGUUGGUCGGACCUGUGAUUAAUAAUCUUGGGGAAUCUUGAGCCCUAUAGAACUUAACCCAGAGGGUUAUCUAUGUAAUUUAGUGCUCUUAAUUAUUUAUUUAGGAAUGAGCAGAGCAUGGGACAGCAAUGUAGGCCCUCGGCUUCUGUUA